AUGUCCACCGCUAAAAGAGAACUCACUCCCUCCAUUUGUUUCAACUUUUCCUUCUUCAAAGACUUUAUGAAGGAAUUCCGUAAAGUAGAUGAUAACAUUAUCAACAGACUCAACUCCACCUCGACACAAGCCGAAGGUGUAUGUGGAGAAUUCUUCAAGCAAAUGUCUGAAGCAUAUGCACAACGUGAUCAGGCCAUUGAUUACUGUCUCAAGUUGAUGGAUGAGGAUCUUGACAAAAAGAACAAAAAGUUGCAAGAGGAUCCCGAUGAUUUCGACAUCAAGAACAGUAUUUUCACCCAAGAAUCCAUGCGUCAAUCCGUCUCCAACGAGCGAUAUGUAGAGGAAAUUAUUAGAGAACGUACCUUACAAGUGUUCAAGAACAAAUGCAGAGCUUUUGAUGUUACUUCCUUAGAGAAAUAA